AUGGGUCCAUCCUGUAGAAGAAGAACCAGAAGCACAAGAAAAUCAUCGUCAAGAAAAACCCUUUUCAAGAAAAAGCCUCAAAAUUCAAAGAAGAACCAAGAAAUCUCAGUCAUUUCUUCACCUUCUUCCACGUCCGCGGCCAAGCCCUCUUCGAAUGAUUCAGUGAAGAUAGAUUCUGGCUCCAUCGACUGUGAUCAAAGUAUUGAUAUGUUGUCAACCAGUACCAGUAGUGCUUGUUCCACUCCUAAGGCUGAGAGAUUCCGAAUACCGGAGAUUACAACUUGCCCUCCCGCACCAAAGAAACGAAAAAUAGUUACAAGUUGUUCAUUGCGAAGAAGCCCAAUAACGUUCUUUGAUCCUCCAGAUAUAGAGCUCUUCUUUUAUUUCGCUCUUCGUGGAAUCUCAGCCUGA